UCCGCAGUUGGUGGCACGAACGUAGUCUGUGAAAGGUUUUCCCAAACGUCCGCGUUGUUGUUGAAUAAACGCGGUAAUCUUCAUCGUAAAAGAAGUAGCACAUAAAUGAAUGUAUUCCUUACGGUUUAAAAGCUUCGUUUAAAAAUCACUUGUUUUACCAUACGAGGGAAAAACUGUAGGUUUUUAUUAGUUCACGUGCUGCUGUUUGGAAAUUUUAACAAGUAUAAUUAUUUCUUGAAUGUAGUUAACUCAAAAAUGUUAAGAUCUGAAGUAGCUGGUUAUUCAGCAAAUAAAUAGAUAACAUAAGAUUAUUUCUAAAACAAAUAUCAUAGAAAUCAAUCCAAUGCCAAACAUAUCUAUCAAAAAUUGUUUGGGUAAAUACAGUUUUCCAAGUCAAGAUUAAAACCGUAUAUGAAUGUUGAGUUAUGAAAUAAUCCAUAUAAGAUCGACAGCCAAUAGACAUGGUCGACCAAGAAAGAAUACGAUUAGUUGUGCUCGGCGGCGCUGGCGUAGGAAAAAGUGCCAUUUGCAAACAAUUUUUGUUUAAUUCGUUUUGUCCCAAGUAUCGAACAACCGUAGAAGAUCUCUACAGUAAAGAAUUUAACGUCGGUUCAACUACAAUAAAAGUGGACAUCUUAGACACAUGUGGAGACCAACAAUUUCCAGCCAUGAGACGGCUUAGCAUCGCAACAGCACACGCUUUCUUGUUUGUGUACUCGAUUGCAUGCGAACAAUCAUUUGAAAUUAUCAAACAAAACUUUGAGGAAGUACGCGAGCAACGGGAAGAUUAUCAAACACUGCCAAUCGUGAUUGCUGGCAACAAGUUAGACUUGGCGCCAGACUGUAGACACAUAACAGUGGAAGACGCGUCUGAAUGGGUGUACUGUGAACUACCAAAAAUGAGGGUCAAACUAGUAGAAUGUUCAGCAAAGGACAACGUAAACGUCCGAGAGGUUUUUAAAUGUUUUUUAGGACUGUCGAGGUUUCUUAAUGGAACAGAAGAUUUUUCAACAUGUCCGCUGAAACGUAGAUCCAGUGCUUAUGUGAGCCACACUAAAGCGUCGAGACGCGCUGAGAGUCCAGUGGCACUUUCGGUAACUGCAGCGACUUCCGUUGCUAAAUCACCUGCAUCACCAACUGGUCGAGGAAACCACACAGUAGAUCAAUCGAAGAACGACCAAGACCGCCCAAAACCUCGAAGCCGCAGUCUUAUCAGACGAUGUAGCCGCAAGACCAAACAACAGAUUAGGGACAGCGGAGCAGUAGACGAUUGUAAUGUUAGCUAAACGUCAAAAGUCAAACAAUAUCACUUAAUUACUUCGAAUUACAACAUUAUCAUUUUGAAAAAAUGGCAUUUUUAUUUAUGAUUUCUAUCAGAUAUUAUUUUAUUUAUUUUACUUGAAAUUGAAACAAUUGUCUGUUUUACAUAUCGUCACUAAAAAUAAAAUUAAAACAGCUGAGUAAAGUUUUUAAUAUUCGUUCACAAAUUGUAAAUAACCAAUAAUUCCUAAAAAUAAUUAAAAUAUUAUGGUAUAAAAUUAUUUGCAUUUAGACUACUAAAUCUAAUUUAACCAAAACGUAUAGUUUGACAACAUUCAAAUUUAAGACAUCCAAUUCAAAAUGAAGACAAUAAGUAAAUUAUUUUAGUUUACAUAAAAUUGAAUCAUUAUUAAAAUAUGAUUUUUUAUUAUAAUCCCUGAUUUUAAUUAGAUAUCAUAAAAUCAUAUACAUUAAUUAUACUUGUUAUUGUUAUUUUUACAUUUAAAUAUUUUUUUGGAAUAUUUAAAUAUUCAUAUUGUUGUAAACUGUCGUCAUGUACACAAUGUUCAAAAAGUAUGAAAAUAGUUCAAUUUUUGCAACCAUUGAGAACAAAAGAAACCAGUUUCCGUACUUACUGAAUAUCCUUCAUCGUGUUAUAGUUUUUUUUAUAAACAGUAGAAUUUAUACCUUCCAAUUUAAUUUGAUGGUAAAGGAAAAAUCUUCAUAUAACUUUGGCUAGAUAUUUAAAUACUAAUUUUUUUGGUUAAUAAUUAAAAAAUGAUAGUUUUAUAAAAUGCAAUAAAAAAAUGUAUCAUUUGUUACUAUAAUACUUUUUUUGGAAUUUUUGUGAAACCAACUCUACCAUUUACAUUUACGUUACGAUAAAUAUAAUAAAACAUUAAACAAAUUUUUUUAAAUUCUUCUUCGAUUAUAUACAUUUUUCCGAUAGAGGUUGACUUUUAAUUAAAUUACAGUUUUAAAAUUUUAUUGUGAACAUUAUAACUACUAUAACUAUUGAAAUUUUAAUGGCCAACAUCAAAGGGCUUCCAUACGUACAUAGAUUAAAUAUUGGUUAUAGUUAGUAUGCUUGACUCAAUAGUUUACUGUCAUCAUGACUUUGUCUCGUGGAACAGAUAUUAUUAAAUAUUACCUAAAAUAAAUAACUAAAGAAAAACAUUAUUUGGUUAGUGAUAAAAAAAAUUUUCAAAUUUAUAAAAAUGUUAUAGUAAAUUUUUUUAAUUAUUUUUACUAAUUCUAAAUAAUUGAAGAAAUAUAUGAUAUAAUUAAUAUUUACAAAACUAUUUAGAAAAGCCCCUUUUCCGAAUAAUAUCCCAUAAUUAUUUUAUUAAGUAAUACUUUUAAAAUUUCUCCAUGUUAGAAAACAUUUUUAAGAUAUGUUUAGUAACUUACUGAAAGAUAAAAUUUAUGAAAAAACACAAAUGUUUCAUAAAAUGUUAUCUAGCAAUUUUAUACGUUCAAUCCUUCAGUUACUAAUUGAAAGAAUUCGCAACUGAUUUAUUAAUUAUAGUGAAAUAAACGUAUUUCCUGUAUUCAAACUUAUAUUAUGAAUCAGAAAUUUAAAUUAAUAUAAAAUCCAAUACCAUUAAAAUACCCAAAUAAAUUCAAAUUCUGAAUUAAAAAAAAAAUUAAUUAAAAAAAAACCAAUAAUAGCAAAAAUAGGUUUUAAUGAAGUGAUAUAAUUAAUAAAUAAACAUAAAAUAAUUUGGAAAUAAUUCGGUGAAUAAUAUUUAGUUAUAAAUAAAAUUGUGUAUUAAUUUAUUUAGACUCAGAAACUUAAAGUAUGAUUAAUUUCUAUAGAAUGUCAUCAAAAUCUAAAAUCAUUAUUUGUAGGAGUUAUCUUUUUUUUACAAAUAUGUCCACAAAUAGUGAGUUUUAAAAAGAGUAUCACUUAGUAAUCAUUUUAAGACCCACAACUACAAAUUUGGUUUUAAAUUAAUUAAAAACUGUUUUAUAAGUAUUAUAAAAUAAAAAUUAUCUACGUUGAAAUGAUAAAAGAAGUUUAAUAUUAAUGUAUUUUAUCAAUGUGUAAAAAUGAAAGUGACUACCGAUAAUUUUUGAUAUUUAGUCUUAAUCCAAAACUAUUAAGAUUAUAACGCUCAUCAGAUUCUUUUAAAAUUAUUACACUAAUAUUUUUAUUGAGACUAUUAAAGGGUUUUUUUUAUUGACUAGUCUUAAAUUAUAAACUUAACUGUAACACUAGUGAAAUUUAUCAUUAAUUAAUUUUAUAAAUAAGGAAAAUAUAUAUAUUAUGUUUAUAUUAAAGACUUUUGAAUUAUAUUC